AUGCAGGCGUGCGGCCUGGACGCCAGCCAGCCCAUCAUGAAGGAGACCGAAUUCUACACCAGCCACGAGUGCCUGCUGCUCGACUACGAGACGGCGCUCACGCGGCUGGACUCCACCACCGGCCUCUGGUACGACUGCAGCGCGCACUUCCUCUGGUGCGGCGAGCGCACCCGCCAGCUGGACGCGGCGCACGUCGAGUUCAUGCGCGGCGUGCAGAACCCCAUCGGCGUCAAGGUGUCUGACAAGAUGGACCCCUCCAAGCUGGUGUCUCUCAUCGCCACCCUCAACCCCGACAACGUGCCGGGCCGCCUGGCGGUCAUCGUGCGCAUGGGGGCGGCCAAGCUGCGCGAGAAGUUCCCAGGCCUAAUAGAGGCCGUGGAGGAGGCCGGGCAGGUGGUGACCUGGGUGUGCGACCCCAUGCACGGCAACACUGAGAGCGUGGCGGGCUUCAAGACGCGGCGCUACGACAACAUCCGGGCCGAGGUGGAGGCCUUCUUCGACGUGCACGACCAGCUCGGCACCGUGCCCGGCGGCGUGCACCUGGAGAUGACGGGCGACAACGUGACCGAGUGCAUCGGCGGCGGCGCCAACGUGGGCCCCGCUGACCUGGAGUCGCGCUACCACACGCACUGCGACCCGCGGCUCAACGCGGAGCAGUCGCUGGAGAUGGCCUUCUACGUGGCCAGCCGGCUGCGGCAGAGGCGUGAGCGGAUUGAGCUGGAGAAGCUGCAGGGCCGGAAGCCCGCCCCCGGGCUGCUGUUCUGA